AUGCUCCCAGAAAUGAGAACAACAGCUAGUGCUUUAAAUGAGCCAGAUUUAGCAAAUUUUGAGGUAUUGAAACGCGGUCCAAGAGAUUUCAUAACCCUAAAAAUCGAACACAUGUUAAACGACGCUGGAGUUCAAACCAUUACAACACAACAAGAAGUUUCAUCAUCAUCAUCAUCACCAAGCAUUAUCCCUACUCAACUCACCAAACUCUGGGAUACCCUAUGGUUAAAGUACCUACAAUACCGACCUAAUUGGAUAGAAGAGAAACGUGGGAGUUUGAUGGUGGUGGCCACCGUAAUCGCGACCAUGACUUUUCAGUCAGCAAUAAGUCCACCAGGUGGGGUUUGGCAAGAAGACACAUCCUCUAGUGGACUCAACUGCACUUCUUAUGGCAUUUGUAAAGCAGGCACUGCAGUUUUGGCGUAUGAUUUUUCGCAUGAAGGGUUUGUAACAUUCAUGACCUUCAACACUAUCUCCUUCUUUUCUUCUCUUUUUGUGGUGUUGAUGCUCAUCAGCGGGAUUCGGCUUGACAACAAACCCAUGAUGUGGAUGUUGAUCAUUGCCUUGUUCUUGGCACUUUCUUCCAUGGGUCACACCUACGUUUCCGCGCAGCGAUUGGUGACACCCCAUCACAUUGCUCACACGGUUGAUACCACCACCAUGUCUUUUUCUACGGUUUGGAUAAUCAUCCUUGUGGUUGUGAUUUUGUUUCACUUUCUUCAUUUAGUCAUUUUCUGUGCAAAGAAGGUGCAAGGGAAGCUGUUAAAUAAUAGCUCCAACCAGUUACCGUUUUUCAGUGGAUCAGAUUGA